AUGCCUUGCGACUAUCCGUACGUCAUUAUUGUGCGUCUCUACACGAGAACCAUCUGUCAUGUCCACAUACUAGCUAAAAACAUGGCUCCUUUAAAACAAAACGCAAAAAGUCAAGGUCCGUUUAGAGGAAAAUACUUCAAUAACAAAUUUGCACAUGGUGGUUUAUCACACAACGCCAAAAGAAAAAGAAAAUGGGUUCCGGAGGACAAAAUUUUCGAUGGUAGUUUAAAAGAGGGUCAGGGGUUUGCCUUCAAAAGGAAGGAGAAAGUAAGGCAUGAAUACAACAAACUUCUUCGAAAAGAGAGGAAGAAAAAGCAAGCAUCAAAAGUCCAGUUAGAGGAGAAAUAUCCCGAGCAUCUGAGACAUCUGUACCUGGCUGAAAGAAAACGACUAGAUGAAGAAGAACAAGAGAAAAAGAUAAAAAGAUUUAAAGGGAGAGAACUGGAUGAAGAGACUGAGGAAGAUGAUGAACUAAACAUAGUGUCAGAUUCUUCUGAGAAAAGCAUCUUAAACGCAACGACUGACCAAACUACCGUGCCAGAUUCAUCAAAUGAACCAACACAGUCUGACAGUUCCCACAAGGUCCCGUUGAUCCAAAAGAAGCUUAAAAUGUCUUCGUAUCAAAAGACAAAACAAGAAUAUGAGAGGAUGAAGGAGGAGCGUGCACGAAAAAGAGAGGAAAUCUUGAAAGACAAAUCUGAGCGUGAGGAGGCUCUGAAGAAAUACAAGGAAAAGAAAAUGGCAACAUAUCAGCUGUUGAAGAGAAAAACCAAGAAGGGUCAACCAAACCUCAACCUGCAGAUGGAGCUAUUGCUGCAUAAGAUUCAAGCUCAGCGCAAAUAAUUCAGACUUAAAAACUGUUUAAAGCAUUUUAAAGUAAACAUAGACCAUCACACAAUAAACUGUGUAGUUUGGGUGAGUGUUUUUUUUUAACCAUAAGAAUGUGUUUACCUUUGCAAACCUUUGUCUUUACAGUAAUAUUUCUUGUAAAUGAAAGGUUAAUUUAUUCUCUAAUUAAAGGUAAGGUAGGCAAUUUCAGAAAGGCUAGCAAUAGCAAGCUAGCUUUGAAAGCAUAAGAACCCACCCUCCCUUCAGAGUGCAAAAAGUGUUUAUAAAACAAAUCGCCUACCUUUAAGUUAAUUCAAACUGAAAGUACACAAGAACUACUACUAAAUACUAUGGCAGUACAUUUAUGGAAAAUGUGAUGCCUUAUAAUAUCUAUUAAGUAGUAAAUCUAUUUUAUCAUUAUAUUUAGAUAGGCAGUUCUACUUCAUCUAACAGUGUUUUCAACUCCUUUAAAUGUUUAUAGUGUUUUGCAUAAUUGUCUCCUUUCCUCUGAAUGCUCUUUUAAAAAAUAUUUUUGUAACAAACAUAGUGAAUGAAUGGUAUCUUUUGUUUAUUAGGUGAAAAUAUUGAUAUCAAAAUAAAAAUAAUAGGCCAAAUAUUAAAAUACCAACACUACAAACUGUGUUGCAAAGUAUGUAACCUAUGCAAAAAUAUUUAAGAUAACAAAAAUAGGAAUCUUUAAUAGCAAUUUAAGGAACUCCCAGUAUCUCCAGUAACUGUAAUAUGAUUUGAUGAUCAGAGGCAGUGGGUGUGGUCAAUGAGUCACAUGGCUCCUCCCUAUUUAUUUGACUCCUCCCCCACAUCAUCAUAGUCUGUUUUUAAAAACAAAAGCAAAUUCAGUUUUCAUUGUUACAGUUACAUUAAGAUUUUGUUUAAAUUGGGUUUAAAUUAGCAAGGUAACAAAUAAAAACAUAAAAAUGUGACAACCUACCCAACAGGUUUCUCUCAUCUUCAUUGCUGUUCUUCACAUCAUCAUACUCCUCCUGAUCUCCCUCUGAUACACAUGUGAAAUAAAACCUCACAUUGUGAUUUUAAUACAGCUUGUGUCAUUGAUGAUGUCAUUGAUCUCUUUCCUACACAUACCCUAAUUUUAUUUAAAAAUAAUAAUAAUAAUAAUAAUAAUAAUAAUAAUAAUAAUAAUAUGUAAAAUAAUUUAAAGUAAUUAAGGCUAUCCCCAAAGGCGUAAUAACUUUAACCAAAUUCUCAGAUGUAGAUAUUAAUAAUACAACCUUACAAAAUCCUCAACUUUGUAAAUUAUCUUUUUUGAUAGAUGUUUUAAUAACAAUUUUAUAAGAAAUUCCUUUAAUCCAAUCCUCCAUGUGAAUCAAAACGUCUUAAACCUCAUUGUGUAUCUUGGCACAGCAUUUGGACAUUAACAUAUAAAUAUGUUAUUUCUAAUAAAGUAAAAAAAAUAUUCAUUCAUGUAUCCUGUAAAUGCUUCCAUUUAUAAAUAUAUUCAUACUGUUUGUGAUAAAUAUACUUAUACAUCAUUUGAAGAUUUUGAUCAUUUGUUUUUUUAUUGCCCCUUUUUUGGAUUGACUUUAAAAUAGAUAUGACAAAAAAAAUUGAACAAAACUCUUAAUUUAAAACCUUAUUACAUUUUACUUUGUUUUAAAACCUCAUAUUUUUCUGAAAAACAAAAUUACACAAUUAACCUUUUAAUUAUUUUGGCAAAGUUUUGCAUUCAUAAGACAAAAAAAACCUCAAAAGAAACCCUCAUAUAUUACCUUUUAUAAUACUGAUCUCACAAUAUACUUUGAAACCCUUUCAAACAUGAGAUCACUUUUUGCAUUGUACUUGUCUGUGAUUGAAAUAAGUAAAAAAAAAGAAGAAGAAGGAGCAGAAAAGCUUGAUCUCUUUCUCCUCAUGACUGUCUGAGACUAUUAGUGUUGUAAAGGCUCCUUUACGAGAGGGCUUUUAUUUUGACAUUGCACGUCUUCUUCCAGCUGAGCAGUCACGUGAGUUAAGCUGCUGCUGAACUGUUAUGCUCUGUAGAGCCGAUCGCUGAAAGGACAUUUAUUGCUGUUUAUUUGUGAUAUUUGCUGCAGAAUUACCUCAAGGUGUUAGCCACUGAUCUGCAAGUAAGCCUGUUUGCCUUAUUUUUGUGUUUAUUGAGAUCGGUAUUGAGUUAUUUAUGUUUAAUCAUGCCCGCAGCUGUUGUUUCUGUUAGUCUAGCUGAAUGACGCUGUUCCACAUGUGAUUAUUUCUUCUGUUUGUGUUUGUAUAUCACUGUUCUGGUUUACAAUGAUAAGUUUGCGACGUGAUUUGUUAUUGUAAGCUGUUUAUAUCAGACGAGCGAUUAAACUCUAAUUAUAUCCGUGAUUAUAUCCAUAUAUGGAGUUAUGUUUAUCAUGUUAGAUGAUCGCUUGUGGCUUAUAAUGUACAACGUGAUACCGUAUUUUCCUCCCUUGGACUGUAUAUUUCAUGGAGAAAUGUUAUUGAUGAGGAUUUAAUAUACUUUGACUGUCUUUAUGUACCAAUGGACGUUUAUUAUUGUAUAUAUACCGAACUCUUUUUAGUUAUUCAUUAUCCUUUAUUGUAUUUCUUGUGUUCCAGACUAAUGUCUCUACUGCCUGUAACUGAUAUCUACCUGUGAAAUACCUGUACCUCUGCGGCUUAUUUUUUAUCAAUACAUCAUCUAAACCUGA